UUUGGCAUAUCGUCGCCUCCCAAUCUCCGAAGUUCGCCCGGCUCGUUUUCGCCAUUCCCCUUCCCCCGUCUUUUUCCUCCGCCGGCGGCUCUAAUGGCGUCGAUGGCCAUCUCCGCGCCCUUCGGCUUCGUGGCCGCCUCGCUCACCUCCGUCUCCCCUUCGCCGUCUUCUUGCAGGAAUUUGCUCAAAUUCGCCCCCUCCGCUUCGCUCGACCGCCGGGGACUGCAUGGUAGAAUUCGUGGUCUAUCUCUGAAGCUUAAUGAGCAGACACAGCACCAUAGCACUUUGAGGAAGUUUUGUUAUGCAUACAGAUAUGAUGCAGCUAUAGAAGCAAAAAAGGGGAACCCACCUAUAAUGCCUGCUGUCAUGACUCCAGGAGGACCCUUGGAUCUUUCAUCUGUAUUGUUCCGCAACCGUAUUAUCUUCAUAGGACAACCUAUUAGCUCACAAGUGGCACAACGUGUUAUAUCACAGCUUUUAACACUAGCUUCUAUUGAUGAGGAUGCCGAUAUUCUGGUCUACCUAAACUGCCCCGGUGGAAGCACUUAUUCUGUCUUAGCAAUUUACGACUGUAUGUCAUGGAUAAAGCCUAAGGUGGGAACCGUAUGCUUUGGGGUGGCUGCAAGCCAAGGAGCACUUCUUCUUGCUGGGGGUGAAAAGGGAAUGCGCUAUGCGAUGCCAAAUGCUCGCAUAAUGAUACAUCAACCACAAAGUGGAUGUGGGGGUCAUGUGGAGGAUGUUAGGCGGCAAGUGCAAGAGGCUGUUCAAUCUCGUCAUAAAAUUGACAAAAUGUAUGCUGCUUUUACUGGUCAACCUUUGGAGACGGUGCAGCAAUAUACUGAAAGGGAUCGCUUCUUCUCUUCUUCGGAGGCCUUAGAAUUUGGACUUAUUGAUGGGCUGUUGGAAACAGAAUAUUAGUUAGAAAACAGACGGUAUCCUGUCAGAGUUCAUCGAUCAGGCAUUCCACACUUUAAGUGGUGGACUUGCCCUAAAAUUUGCAGGUUUGGUGGUUUGGCUGUCUCCUUUGUCUCCAGUGGACUUCUGAGCUUAGAAAUUCAAAGCCUUUACUCAGCAAGCAGAAGCAGUCUGUAAUUUAAUGAUCUCAUGUAUAAUCAUUCUCAGGUGAUUGUUAAAAUUUUAGCUCUCGGGCACUCCCAGAGACUAGAUGACAAGUUUUAUUAACACAAUAAAAAGUUAAAAAUAAAUAAGUUUUACAAAAA